AUGCAUUUGAUAGCUAUCACUGUUAUUAAAUGGGAGUUUUGUAUUCCAAGAAGAAGUUUAGACUCCGAGAUUGUUAAAAGGCUUCACUUGAAGAAAGAUGAAAGACCAAGAUACUUUAGUUCAUUAUGGAAACUCUAUGUCGCUGUUCAAAUAGUUUAUGAACCCAUUUCAAAUAAUGCUCCCAAGACUGCCGGUGGUCAUAAAGUGUCCAAUACAUCCAUUUCUGAUAAUGGGAUAAUAUUUAGUGAUGCGUUUAAAGCUAUUCGUUUCCAAUCUGUUGGUGAGAUAAAAGACGAUGAAUUUGCUCGGAAUAUUUUAGAGCUAGAGCUGUUUAUUGAAUAUUCAUUAAACAAAAUUGCUGAACUGGAUUCCGUCGACGUGCUAUAUCAACUGCUAAAUACUUUGGACAUCCUCCAUACUGAUAAUUUGCUUUACAGUGGACUAUCUUCAAAUUCGAAAAAGUAUAGACAAGAUGCCAUGAACAGUUUCAUAAUCACACCAAUCAUCCGUUUCAUCAGGAAGCUACUUUGGGUUCAUGCUUUUUAUAAUAUUCAACCUAGAAGUACAGAUACGAGAAAGAAAACACGUCCAAGUGUCAUUUGGGAUUCUUUAAACACUUCUGGUGAACCAUACCCCAAAACUCUAAGAGAUGAAGAAAUGUUCCAUUUACACGCACCAGAUUUUUUAAUUACACUGCGUCACUCAAAUGCUUCAACAACACCCGUUUGUGGAAUAGAUUUAGAAGGUAGUGAACUUCAUGGGGAGCUUGAAUUGAAUGAACAUGAUAAUUUCACCAAUUUAUCAAAAGUUUUUCGUCGGAUUGCUCCAAAGCAAUUAUUAAAUAAGUUUAGUAGCUACAUAAUUAGUGAUUUCACUAAUAGCAUAUAUUUUGAAUAUCCAUUAGGUACUGGUGAAUGGUGGAGUGAUAAUGAAGAAGAUGUUUAUAUAACUGGUGCACCUUUGAGGUUUAAAUUGUUGAACAGCAAUGGUGAUACUUCAGCUGAUAGUAUUUCAUUACAGCUUUUGUUGAUGUUAAAACUUUAUGACACAAUUAGAAGAGUGCUACCCAUGGAUACAUGGUUAAAAGACUUCAAUGGUACAGAUAUAUUAAAUAAAAUAUCAUAUAGAUUAUUGGACGAAGGGUGUAAUGAAGAUGUUUUCAAUCCAUUUAUUAUCUCACAGUUCAGAUAUGGGUUUAAGAAGAAUGUUGCAGUGGAAAAGAUGGAAAAACCUCUAAAAAGUCAUUUAGGAUAUGUAACAAAUGAUACCGGAAACGGUCGAAAAAGGUUAACAGUUGAACAGCUAUUAUUCAAUGAUACAUCACUUUCUGAGGGCAUCACAAGCGGAAGUGACAGGGAUUUCGAUACAAAGAAGUUAUUUCCUACCCAUGCCAACUUAAAGAUUUCAAAUUAUACACUUUUGAGUGAAUAUUCAAACAACAGAGGUACAAAACUUAUAGUUGAAGGCCCUGAUCUAUUUAAAGGCAAUACAAACGUUUCGAAUAAAGUGUUUUUCAAAAUGUUUGAUUUGGCCAAUUCAAGAUAUCUUCAUGAGUAUGUGAUCGAUGUUGGCAUGCCAUAUACUGAAGAACAAUAUGAAAAGUUUACCGAUUCAGAAAUUAACAUAAUGAGCUCACUGAAAGAAUACUCCAAAGAUUUCAAAGACAUCGUGGGAAGCAUAAAGAAAAGUUAUAUUAGAGAAGUCACGGCUUUGAGAAGAAUAAAUCAAUGGAAUUCGACACAUGGUAUCGAAGAACAAGUUAAUUCACCUAGAUUACUACAGUAUGGAUGGGCCAAUCUUGAAUUAUUGACAGAAGAUGGUCAACUUCAUUAUUCUUAUUGGGGACCUUUUAUUUGUACCGAGUGCUUUGAGUUUAUAAAUGAUAAUGAACUUGAGAAUCAUCCAAAGCGUAUUAAGAAUUUGAGGAAUCAAGUCAAACUUCUUUCAAACGCAGGAAUCUCACACAAUGAUUUAAGAGAGGACAAUAUAUGCUUUGAUCAAUCUGAUGUGGCAUACUUGGUUGAUUUUGACCACAGUAUUGUUGAUGGUAAUAAGUAUCUUGAAAAGUAUGACUUUGAGAGAAUUGAUCCACAUGAGAAAUGCUGCUAG